CUAUGUCCUAAGUCUAUAUAAAUAUUGCGACCAACAUUAAAUCCAUUCCCAUAUAUUGCAAGAAUGGCCAUUUCCCACAAAAAUCUAUUACUAUCAAUUGUUAUUCUGUGCAACACAGUCCAUGCAUACUCCCGGGGACCUGUCUAUAGGCCUCCGGACGUCGAGAGAUUAACUGACAGUUUUAUUCGAUUAACGGUUAACCAGAGCUGCAAUGUGUUCUUUGGAGGGGUGAAUGUGCAUGUCAUGAGCAACGGGGCAAAUGCUGAGCUGAGUUUGGACAAGUCCUCAGGUUCUGGCUUGUCGUCGAAAAACAAAUAUUACUAUGGAUUCUUCAACGCAGCUAUGAAGAUGCCUUCUGGUUUUACAUCAGGGGUUGUGGUUGCCUAUUAUCUAUCAAAUUUUGACGCUUUUCCUCACAACCAUGAUGAGAUUGAUUUCGAGCUGCUCGGGCAUGAGAAGAGAAGGGAAUGGGUGCUGCAGACCAACAUGUAUGGAAACGGAAGCGUGAAGACAGGACGGGAAGAGAAGUUUUACCUGUGGUUCGAUCCAACAAAGGGUUUCCACGACUACAGCAUUCUCUGGAACAAUCACCAUAUAGUGUUUCUGGUGGACAACAUACCCAUAAGAGAAGUAAUUCACAGUAAUGCCAUAUCCCCUGCUUAUCCAUCAAAGCCUAUGUCAGUUUAUGCGACUAUCUGGGAUGGCUCGCAGUGGGCAACUCGAGGCGGAAAAUAUCCCGUUGAUUACAAAUAUGCGCCAUUUGUGGCGUCAAUGGGAGGGAUUCAGAUGGAGGGCUGCAUCUUGACCACAAAGGAUAUGGCUCCUUCGUGUUCAAGGAGCAGCCCGUCGAGCUUAGACCCCGUUGAUGGCGAGCUGUUUGCUAAGCUGUCCAGUCAACAAACCACAGGGUUGGAAUGGGCUAGGGGAAAGCACAUGUUCUACUCAUAUUGCCAAGACAAGUCCAGAUACAAGGUUAUGCCACCAGAAUGCAAUAGCAAAUAGUAGGAAAAAGAUUACUAGUUUCAUUCUUUUUGAAUAACUUGUUGACUAUCAUCAACUAUAUUAUCAAGAUGGAGAUGAAUAAUGACAGCACUAUUGAAAUAUUGCCAAAUAUAAAUCUUCAAAUAGACUUCAAAUA